AUGAUGGACGAGUGCGAUCGUGAUGCGGAGAACAAUUCAAUGAUGCCGUCUUUGUCAUCAUGCGAAACAGAUUUUGCGGAAUUUCGUCCGCAAAAGGAGCUAGUGUACAAUAAAUUGUUACCCUACGCGAAUGAGCUUGAUGCGGAGUCGCGUAUAUGGCUCGCUGAAAUCAAAGGAAAUUUGGGACGCGCGGUCAUGCUACGUGAGCUAGUACCAGGAUGUGUUUUUUGGUCGAACAGGUUGAAUUUGUACAUAGAACUAUAUGGAAUGAAGUUUAGUAAAAAAGAUCACAUAGCAUUUAUAAAAUUAAUGUAUGAGCUUGUUACCAUACCGAAUUUGGAUUCAAACCUUAUCAACAAAUUUUCUACUACUUUGAUUUUAUUGUUAAAGAAAAAGAAAUUAAUUAGUCCAGAUGAAUUAGAACUUCCAUGGAGACCUUUAUAUAAGAUUAUGAUACAUUGUUUACAGCGCAAUACAAUUGGAAUACAUCGUAACCUUUUGUGGUUAAAAACUUUAUUACAUUGCGUGAUAUAUUCCAUAAAAAUUUAUUUUCCCUUGAGCGCUACGCAAGAAAUAUUAGAUGAAUUAAGACCGAAGCUUUAUCCUCAUGAUGGAUUAACAAUGUGCACAAGUCUUCAGAUUUUAGAGUGUUUUUUGCCAUUACAACUAUCUCCUGAGCAUCAUUCCAUUGGAUAUCAGUUGUGGUUUGAUGAGUUUAUGACCAUGUGGAAGGUAUGCCACAAUGGUCAACAAUGGGAAAACAGUAUGAUGUGUUUAAUUGCAAGAUUGGCAGCUUUUAAUAUUGGGUAUAUUGAUUGGGAAUCAUAUAUUCCCUUCAUGUUUACUAGAUUUAUACGAUGCUUAAAUUUGCCAGUAACAUAUAAGCAGACGUCAAACAACUUGAAUCACAAAAUAGAAAUGUCGUCAAUAACUAUGUGGAUAGUAGCGACUUUGGGAAAUGGCUCAAGUACACAGACAUAUUUGGAAAAGUUCUUGAAAACUAUAGAAACAUAUUUUUAUCCAGCAAAUUUUGGGCGAUGGAUGGUAAAGUUAAAGGAACUCCUUGUUAAACUUCCAUAUCAUUUUAUCAUACGUUUACACGUAGAGAGAUAUACUAAACCAACAUGGGAAACUCCAAUUCCUGAUAAUUACAAAUUAACUGAUUCUGACGUUGAUGCUUUCGUUAAGAGUAUAUUGCCAGUAGCUAUGACGGCUAUGUUUAAUAAAUUUUGUAUAAAUGAUGCAUGUCAAGCUCUACAGCAUCUAGCCACCAUGAGACCGAAUUUAGUAAUACCGGACAUGUUGGAAAGAAUGCACUCUACAUUUGAUUCCUUGACUGAACCACAUAAACUUACAGCUUCAAUGAUUUGUAUGGUAGCUGUUGCCAGACCAAUGGUGCAAGGUUCUAGGAAUAUAAACGAAGGUUAUGCUUAUUCAGAAGGACCGAUGCACGUGUUACCGCUGCUAUUUUCGUUGUUACCCGGAAUUGAUCCAAAUGACGUUGGAAAAACUUUUGCUACGUUCCGUCUUAUUUCCGUUUAUGCCACGUUGAUCCCUAUUGUGGACUCUUCCAGAUCGAACGCAAUCAUGACAGAGGAAGAAAGGAUAGUGUGCGAGGCAACGUCGCGUUUUGAAGAUUUCGUGUUGCAGUUCUUGGACAGAGUGUUCAUGUUCAUAGAUUCUAGCUCGUCAGAGAAUGUGCGACUCGAGAACCGCGGUGGUAACUCAAAGAGCAAGUUGGAGUCGAUAGCGGAAGUAGCACUUUCCGGCGUAUGUGCGACCCUUCUGAGGGAAAUGAGUGAUGUAAUCUUCGAAAGCGCUCUACACAAGUUACGCACAUUUAUGACUGAGCGAAUUCUCGAGACUAAAGUCGCGGGCCAACUAGCGGCAGCUGUGUACAAUACUUUUUCUCACAUUAACGGAUGCGAUACUUUGCGCGCACUAUUGCCUGCACUUGCACAAACGAUUUUGCUGUUAGUAAGCGAGGAAGAGGACAUCUUGAAAGAGGAAAACCUAGAUCAUCGUCUAUUACAUGCUAUGCUCAUACUGUCUGCUAUAGUUGACACACCUGGCAAUAAUUUGAUACCACAUAUGGAUACACUAUUCAAAGUUCUCGACCGCGUUCUUCUUUUGAGAUCGAUGGACGGCAAUAAAUUGGCCUGUCAUUUGUUGAAGUCUAUUCUGUCGUCAUUAUCGAUGAUUAUUCCAUGGCAGUAUAGAUCAAAUAAGAGAGACUAUAAUGAUUCCAACUAUCCGUAUGUUAGAGAAUGGGGUCAAAGUGUGGAUCUUGAUAAUUUUUACAUUAAUUGGUAUAUUCCUGGUGAAGAAGAAAUCGCUGCUGUACAACAAAUAUUCUCAAGAUAUUUAAUGGUUCAAAUUGACAAACUUAAUAGAUACUGCAAAGAUACUAGUAUAUUAAGUAGGGAAGAAUUAUUUGCCAGUUUGAACAUCGUAUGCAGUAUUAUUAGAGGUUCCGAAUCUGUCCUACCAUUAUGGACAGAAACACCACUCGAAUUGAUCAAAUCUUCCGUAAAAUGGAAUGUAUCUAUAAUACCCACAUGUGGAAUAAAGAGACAUAUUACAAUGCCUGAUGGAAGCAAUGUUAGACAUUAUCUGGUUGAAGUCAUGAGUCAAAUUCAACGGGUAAUGCUCGAAAAUGCGGAAGACAAUACGAAAUGUUUCUUCGGAUUAAUACGGAUUUGGAACAGUCUAUUACUGGCAAAGAUACGAUUACGCGAACGUGAUGGACGACGCAAAGGUUUCUUAGCCAUCAAAAAGACAUUUGAAGAUAGAUUGGUAGGAAAUAAGAGUCACAUAGCUUCAGUGAUAAUGGAUCGCUGUGACAUUCAGCACGAAGUCAGAUCAAUUGCGCAAUCAGUCGCAUUUACAGAAACUCAUAAACGAAUAAUAUUUGAACUGUUCACUUUGGCCGUAGGCAGAUACGCAGACGUACGAUCAAAAGCUCAAACCAGUCUCUUCUCCGCUUUUAAAACUUUCCCAUAUUCUUACACGCUUAUAAUGCCGCGUUUAAUCGAUAUUUUGAGGAAAGAUACCGAAGAACAUCACGAUGCAUAUAAGGGUGUUCUGUAUAUAUUGCUCGGACCGCAACAUAUUCCUAUUAUUACGCAAAGAGAUUUGAAUAUAUUGACAUCAUUAUGGCCAGCCAUUGUGCUUUCCAAGCCGUCCGAAAAACUUUCUGUAAUUCGCCUGAAACAGAACAUUGUAGAUACUAUAAGUAAAUAUUUCUGUUUAAAUACGCUCGAGCUCGAAAUAUCCGACACGUGUUUGACGGCUGCACAAGCGUUGUGGAAAGACUUUCCGCAACCAGCUUUGCCACAGCCUGAUCGAAACGAGGUAGAAGAGGGUGCAUGCAAUUUAAAGCAACUUAAUAAAUCUAAUCUGAAGUCAUAUAGUGAUCUGCUCGAUGAACUUUUGCGUUGUAUACUUGAGGAAUCUUUACAUUGGCGGCACAGAUUAAUGGCGAUGACUUUCAUACGAGACUUGGUGCAUCCAAACCAAGUUUAUUCCGCAAAAUUAGUGCGUUAUUUUUUGCAAGCGCUUAUACACGAUUCCUUGCAAGAAAGAAAAAUUGCCACCAGGGUAGUGACAUUUAUGUUGAAACAACAAAAACGAAAACAUUUGAAGAUAACAGUUGAUGUACACAACUUAUCCAAUGAAAGUAUAAAAAAGGAAGGAAAAUCGCAAAAUAUCAUGCCCGGUAUAAGAGUUGAUAAUUCUUGGCUUCAGUAUAAUUACGAAACUCGUCCAUUAACCGCUAAACAAUGGGACGAGUCCAGAUACGUUCACCAACCAUACAUAGGCUAUUACGUUUGGCCAAAAAUUUUGGAAGUAUACGCACCCUCGUCCCAACAACCCUGCCUUGAUCCAGAAAUACGUGAGCUGACGGAUUGUGAGAGGGAGAUCUAUUCCUUUUUCGAUGAUCCGCAAAACAUUGAGAAGCUUGUAAAUUAUUUCAGUUUGGAGGAGAAAAAAGGCAAGGACAAAUUCAGCACGUUGAGGUGUGUUCUGUUUAAGGGCGUAUUUCGCAAUCAUGGGAUCGUUCAUUUGAAACAUUUCCUGCCACAUUUGCAACGACUGGUAAUGGACAAGCAUGAAAGCAGCCAGCGAUGUGCUGCGGAGAUUGCAGCUGGAAUAGUCAGAGGCGCCAAACAUUGGCCGUUCCAAAUGACACUUGACUUGUGGCAGGCAUUAUUGCCCAUCAUAAGAAUCGCGAUCGCGAAUCUAACGGAAGAAACCGUUAUAGAUUGGGGUGUAUGCUUCGCGACAAUGCAACAACGUAGGGAUCCUAAUAGGCACCACUGGCUACUUGAAUGUCUGAUGGAGGAUCCACCGUUAAAAGACUCGUUCGUGGAGUGCGGUCGUCUGUAUGUACUGCAAUCCGCUUUGAACCAACAAUCGUGGCGGGUAAUGGAACUGCUGCAACGUUUGCUGGUGCGCUUGGAGAACCGAUUGCUGACGAAUCCGUUUCAAAAUGUCCGAGAACGUCUGGGAUCAGUGCUGGUUACUAUAUUCAACUCUGAUUUGAGAUUCCCGCACAAUACAACUGACAUUGUGAUUCCGCGAAUGCAGACUCUAAUCGACAAAAUUGUGCCGAAAUUAGAACAACUUAAAAAGGAUGAUGAUAUAGUCGAAUCAAGCAAUCUUGACAAAGAUGAAACUUUAUUAGAAAAGGUGGCUAAUGUUUCGGUCGAUGAAUCAAAAGAAACGUCGAAAUCCAGAAUGGAAGAACAGGAGAUGCCUAUAAGAUUGUUGAAAACUGUUUGCAAAUGGAUUACGAUUAGCCUGGCUCCUUCACAGUAUAUCAUGUCACCAGGAUUUUAUCAGAUAUUUCCGAUCAUAUGUCAAUUAGAAAACUCGGAAGCGGAUGAAGAGCUUAAUAAAUCAUGUUUACGUACCUUAGCAACGCUUGCGCAGGCAUUCACAUUGCCGGAAGAUAUGUCAAUAGCAUUGACAGCAGUGAAAAAAGUAUCCGAGCAUUCAUCGUGGUCUGCCAGGUUCACUAGCUUGGAAUUUCUUCAAGUAUUGGUUUUUCACAAUAUGGGCAUAAUUCUUAGUAACGCGUUGUGGACUAAUUGCGUUAAAGAUAUCGUUUUGCACUUGUUAGAAGAUGAUCGUUUAGAGGUCAGAGAGAAGGCUAGUCAAGUACUCGGUGGAUUAUUGCAUUGCACAUUUAUCACAGAUCACGAAAAAUUACUGGAGGAGUUUAAGAGAAAAGCAAGGACUCGAUUGCAAAAGAAAAAUAAUUCUAUCAAUCCAGAUGCGUUAGGAAACAAAAAUAAUACAAUACGUAUACGUCAUGGUGGUGUUCUUGGACUGUGUGCUUUUAUUCAUGCUCAUCCGUAUGAUGUGCCCAAAUAUGUGCCUUCAGUCUUCGAACAUCUCGGCCUUCACAUGAAUGAUCCACAGCCUAUACCGAUGACAAUAAGGAAAACUUUAAGUGAUUUCAAACGGACGCAUUACGAUGGUUGGACAGGAAUGAGAGGUCAUGCCCAAUGUUUUACGGAAGAGCAAUUAGCCGUUUUACAAGAUUUAACAGUGCCGCCAUCGUAUUAUGCUUAAUCAGAAAUGGAAUUUUACAAUACAGUAUAGCAAUAUAGCAUAAUGCACUGACUAAUGUAAUGUCAAUUGUAACGAAAAUUAUAUCCAUAAAGAAUGUAAUAUUAAAAAUUUUUUUAAUUAUUAAAAAUUCUCUCUCAACAAAUGGCAUUUA